CUGGAGGCAGCGAGGAAGGAGAAAGAUUUGGGCAACGACAAGUACAAGGAGAAGAAGCUGCAGGAAGCUCUUGUUCACUAUACUCGAUCACUCGAUCUCCUCCCGCGAGACAACGAGCUGAGUCACUUGGUGCUGUCUAACCGAGCUCUCGUACACAUCGAGCAGCGCAACUUUCUCCAGGCAGAGAAAGAUUGUUCGGAUGCUAUCGAGAUCCACUCGCGGUGGGCGAAGGCCUGGCACAGGAGAGGAGUGGCGCGAUGUAAGCAAGGGAAGCUCGAGGAGGCGAUGAAGGACCUUGAGGAGGCUCUCAAGAUUGAGCCCAAC